AUGAAAGCCUUGUUGUCUUCUUUGAUUGCAAAACGUCAAUACUACUGGACAAGCAAUCCAGUUGGGAAUAUCUCAAGUGGCCAAGUACUUCAGUACGAAAGAGCUGCUCGCUUUGUUGAAAACGGGUGUAAGUAUGAAGAAUACCAAAGUUAUAUGAAAAUAGAUGGAGGUAAAUCAUAUAAAAUCACUGGCAAAGAUGAGCGCAGGGAAUCAAAUCAGUUUUCACUUACUCUGUUCUGCCUUGCUAAUGGCGUUGAUGUGUUUGUAUACCCCAAAAAGAUACAUCACAUUGCCCAACAUCUUGAGCUUCCCAGAGUGAAAGCAAAUGGGAAAGUGUUCAUUUUGCCUACUUAUCAUGCUGCAAUGUUUCUUGGUGAUAGUGACGGAGAGGGGAUGGGUCUUGCAAUGUAUUUCAAAGUUUCUAAGAAUUUUGAUAAAGACUUCUCUCCUCAAUUCCAAGACAGCAUCAAGAAAAUGGUUGACAAUGAGAUGGAAAAAGUUAAAGGAUUCGCAAAGGGCUCCACUACACCUUUUAGAGAAAGAUUAAAGAUCUUGGCUAGGGUGGUAAAUCCUGAGGAUCUCAAUCGAAGUUCUGUUGAGAAGAAGCUUGUACAUGCAUAUAAUGACAAACCAGUUCUUUCAUGCCCCCAGCACAAGUUUUACAUGAGUCUAACCGCGUGGCUAUACUUUUAA